UAUUCCGAGAUCUUUUACCAAUAUUGUUUGAAGCGACGGCUGAUCGACGUCAAGAGAAGAAGAAGAAGCAGUAGCCGCCAGAGAAAAUAAACAAAAACAACAAAAACAAUGCAAAAUAGUUGCAUAUAUGAAUGGGUGUCAUGUGUGUGUGUGUGCCUAAACCGGAAGUGAUUAAUAAAAACGGAAACGGAUAUUAAAAUAUCAAAACUCCAUUAGAAAGAAAUAAAGACAUUUAAAUAAUUGUUACUAUUCAUAAUUCGCGUGUGCCACAAAAUUGCAAAAAGCGUGCCUGCCAAAUUGGCCAUUUUUCGACUUGGCCGAUUGCAUUUUGGCUUUUGUUGUUGUUGUUGUUGUUAGUAGUAGUAGUGGUAGUGGUUUUGGCCAACGUCAAAUUCGAUUUUUAUGACUUUUGAAAGCGUGACUAAGACGUGAUUUAUGAUGGCGUGUGGUUUUUAAUAUUCAUGUGGACGCGCUCCGAACCUCUCAACCUGCGUAGGUGCGCCAAACAAUAAAAAACGAAAGAAAACAACAACAACAACAAAAGGAAACCAGCCAGCAGCCAGCUAAGCAGCAACAACAACAUCAGAGGCAACCCAGCAACAUCAGAGCCCCGAGGCCUCGAGGAGGAGGUGAAUUUAUUUCGAUAUCCAGCUGAGAGUGUGCGUGGAUUCGACUUUUUUAUGGAGGCAGUUAAGCAUUUGAGUGCUGCCGCUGCUGCUGCAGCUGCAACAUCCAGUGAUAUGCCAGCAAAAACGCAAGCAACAUCAGCCACCGAGAUUGCCGAGGUGCUGGGCGAUUUCGAGGCAUCCACAUCAUCAGGCCAUGCCACCACAUCGAAGCACAACAGCCACAAACUAAACACCAAGCUGGAACUCAAACUAGGACACCCCAAGAAUGACAGCAACAACAGCGGCAGUGGCAACAGCAGCAGCAAGUGCACACCAGCAACAUCACCGAUUGCCGGCAAGACGACCAGCAAUGCUGCCAUCGCCGCUGCCACCGCAACAGCUGCUGCGGCAACCAACGACCUGGCUGCGGCGGCUGCUGUUGUCCUGUCGUUGCAAGGAACCAUGGUCAGCAGCCUGCAACAGGCGGCACUGUUGCCGGCCAACUCGGCGGCAGCAGCAGCCCUUAACCUGCAAGCCUUGGAGUCCUACUUGGCAUUGCAGCGACUCACUGGGAAAUCCGAUGUCUUCCGCUUCGCCAGCAACAGCAGCAGCAAUAGCAAUAACAACAACAACACUAGCAGCAACGCCAGCAACAGCAGCAGCGCCAGCAACAACAACACAGCCAGCAACAUCAGUGAAUCGGAGAACAACCCGCUGCCAUCGCUGAUAGAUAUUGCAAACAUUGAGCUGAAGUCCAGCUGCUCCUCCAGUUCUUCGGGGGAGCAGUCCAUGACAGGAGCCACCUCGGCAGGGGGCGGGGCAGGCAGCAGCUCAGCGGCAGCAUCCUCGUCCAGCAGCGCCACAAGCGGCAGCAGCCACUCCAACAGUACUGCCACUUCCUCGAAAUGCCUCCCACUGCCCUCGAUUGGAACCGUUAGUGCCGCGGCUGCUGUGGCGGCCGCUGCAGCGGCAGCAGCUGCUGCUGCGAAUCAACAGGCAGCCCUCGACUGUGCCACCGCUGCGGAAUUGGCGGCCGAGUGCGAUCUGCCCCUGUUGGACGGCGAGGAUGCAUUGUCCUUCGAGGCGGGAGAGCUGGACAGCAGCUAUGGCAGCUUCAUUUUCAAUCCCUCGGCCUUUGGCCAAGCGGACGCGGACUCGGCCCUGCACUCCCUGCAGGCCACAAUGUAUCAGGACAAGAUGAGCGUUAUGGCCGGAGGCGGGGGAGGAGCAGGGUGUGUCGAGGAGGCGGGCAGCUCUAAUGCGGCAGCUGCAGCGGCGGCGGCAGCAGCCCAGCGGUCCAAGAAGCAGUUCAUUUGUAAAUUCUGCAACCGACAGUUCACCAAGUCGUAUAAUCUGCUGAUCCACGAGAGGACCCACACGGACGAGAGGCCCUACUCCUGCGACAUCUGCGGCAAGGCCUUCCGGCGGCAGGAUCAUCUGAGGGAUCAUAGAUAUAUCCACUCCAAGGAAAAGCCCUUCAAGUGCGCCGAAUGCGGAAAGGGAUUCUGUCAAUCGCGCACCCUGGCCGUGCACAAGAUCCUGCACAUGGAGGAGUCCCCGCACAAGUGCCCCGUGUGCAACCGCUCCUUCAACCAGCGCUCCAACCUGAAGACCCACCUGCUCACCCACACGGACAUCAAGCCGUACAACUGCUCCUCCUGCGGCAAGGUCUUCCGGCGCAACUGCGAUCUGAGGCGCCACAGCUUGACGCACAACCUGGCCGCCGGUGUGGGCGGCGGUGUGGGCGGCAAUCUGAGUGAUUUAUUCGCUUCCGGUUCGAGCUCCAGCUCCGAUCUGGGACUACUACCGGCAGCCACCGCCAGCACUGCAGCAUCCGCCAGGGACCUGGUGGCCGUCAGCGAUUGAUCUUCCCGUCACGGACUCUCCACUCAAAAAAAACAAAAAUAUUAAUCUCAUUUGCAGCUCUCAUAAUUACGAAUCCCUCCACGUUGUGUCUGAUCUGUGUUUUGCUCAUAACCUAUAUACUAACUAAAACAAGCAUUUAAUUUAGUUUAAGAUUAGUAGUUAAGAAAUCUUAGAGUAAGCCAUGGAUAUUUGUCACGUAAGCUUAGCAGGAAAGUAUGACUUUGUGAAAGGCACACGAUAUAGAAACUUAAAAACUUGAUUUUAAUAUCGACUCUUAUUUUAAUGUCGAAUAAAUGAUUUUAGUUUAAAGAAAAA